UCCAUCUCCUAUAAAUACCCCAAUUCCCUCCCCUUAACGCAUUCUCUCGUAUACUCAGAAUCAUUUCUCCUCUUUCAGAAUUCUCAAUCCUCUGUCUUUCGUUUUCAAAAGUUAUCCCCUCUCUCUCUCUCUCUCCAACAAUAUCGACAAUACCGACAAUAUCGACACAAAAUGAAAGUUGUUGGGGAGAAGAAAUAUGCUCUAUUAAUGGCAUCCAAGGACUCUGAUUACGUGAAGAAAGUGUAUGGUGGGUAUUUCAAUGUGUUUGUUGCUGCAUUCGGGGAGGAAGGAGAGCAAUGGGACUUGUUCAGGGUUGUGGACGGAGAGUUUCCAGACGUAGAUGAGCUCCACAAGUAUCAUGGUUUUGUGAUCAGUGGCAGCCCUCAUGAUGCUCAUGGAAAUGACCCAUGGGUCUUGAGACUCUGCGUUCUGAUACAGACGUUGUUUGCCAUGGAGAAGAAAGUGCUCGGAAUAUGUUUUGGGCACCAAGUCUUAUGCCGAGCACUUGGUGGUAAGAUUGGGAGAGCUAACAGUGGCUGGGAUAUUGGGUUGAGGAAAGUCAGGCUGGUGGAGGAUUUGCACCCAAGUACCCUUGAUGGUGGUCUCAAGGAACUCCCUUCUUUCCUUUCCAUCAUUGAGUGCCAUCAAGAUGAGGUAUGGGAGGUCCCAGUUGGAGCUCAGGUGAUUGCCGUCUCAGACAUGACAGGUGUAGAGAUGUUCUCCCUUGGAAGCCAUAUAUUGGGUAUUCAAGGUCAUCCUGAAUACACCAAGGACAUUCUGUAUAACAUAAUAGACCGUCUGGCCAACAACAGCUGUAUAGAGAAAGAGUUCGCCGAGCUCACAAAAUCAAAACUCGAGUCUGCUGAACCAGACAGGAAGACAUGGGAGAAGAUUUGCAGGAGCUUCCUCAAGGGGAGAUAGAAUAUAUUUCGCCUGCACAACAUUAAUCCUCUUGAGUUCUAGGUUUCUGGGUAUGUUUGUGUCCAUAAAAUCCCCACAACAGUUCAUGCAAGAAGCUGUAAAUGCGUUGUUUACGCUCUUUGCGUAGAUGAUCACCAAUAAAGUUAUUAUGUUUAACAUU